AGCCGUACCAGUCGCUGCGCCGAUGCCCGUCAUCGUCGCGCCGGCCACGCAGCCGGCCCAAGGUGCCUUCGUCGUCAUGCCGCCUUUGCCUACUUACCUCCCGCCAAUCGCGCAGGUACUCGCUGGUCUCCCUCACCCGCCGUACAACAUCGUGUUGCCUCCGAUCGUCGCACACCAGCCGGCGACAACGCAAAACCCCAAGAUGCAGCUGGGCUUCAUCAUGAUGUAGCGGCUCGUGGUCUCUUAUCCAACAUAGCGCAGAGAAAUAGUUCUGAAAUGGUCUUGAAAUACGUAAAGUAGUUAGCCUUUGUCUAUCGAUUCUUUGUUGCGUACCUCGGGAUGAUUAGCCUUGAACCAAGUGUGAGCUGGAGCUCGUAGCUGAGAUAA